GGGGUGGAGACUGCCGCCCGGAGCCGCCUGGACGGACGGAGCCCACAGCGGCCAGGGCCGGCAGCGCAGGCGACCCCGAGCCGAGCCCCGGAGCCGGAGCCAUGGCCCUGAGCGAGUUGGCGCCGCUCCGCUGGCUGCGGGAGAGCCGCCACUCGCCGAAGCUCAUCCUGUUCAUCGUGUACCUCGCGCUGCUGCUGGACAACAUGCUGCUCACCGUCGUGAUCCCCAUCAUCCCAAGUUACCUGUACAGCAUUGAGCAUGAGAAAAAUACUACAGAGAUCCAGACUGCCAAGCCAGUGCUCACAGCCUCCGCCUCAGGCAGCUUCCAGAGCAUCUUCUCCUAUUAUGACAACUCCACCCUGGUCACUGGGAACCACACCAGAGACCUUCAGGAGGGGCUGCUGCAUAAGACCACCACCCAGCACACGGUGACCAACACGUCCAUGGCGCCUCCCGACUGUCCCAGUCAAGACAAAGACCUCCUGAAUGAAAACGUGCAAGUCGGCCUUUUGUUUGCCUCUAAAGCCACCGUCCAGCUCCUCACCAACCCGUUCAUAGGACUGUUGACCAACAGAAUCGGCUAUCCAAUUCCAAUGUUUGCGGGAUUCUGCAUCAUGUUUAUCUCAACAAUUAUGUUUGCCUUCUCCAGCAGCUACGCCUUCCUGCUCAUCGCCAGGUCGCUACAGGGCAUCGGCUCCUCAUGCUCAUCUGUAGCUGGGAUGGGCAUGCUGGCCAGUGUGUACACAGAUGACGAAGAGAGAGGCAAUGCCAUGGGAAUUGCCCUGGGAGGCCUGGCCAUGGGGGUCUUAGUGGGCCCCCCCUUUGGGAGUGUGCUCUACGAGUUUGUGGGGAAGACGGCUCCGUUCCUGGUGCUGGCUACCCUGGUGCUCUUGGAUGGAGCUAUUCAGCUCUUUGUGCUGCAGCCAUCCCGGGUACAGCCAGAGAGUCAGAAGGGGACACCGCUAACCACCCUGCUGAAGGACCCGUACAUCCUCAUUGCCGCAGGAUCCAUCUGCUUUGCAAACAUGGGGAUUGCCAUGCUGGAGCCGGCCCUGCCCAUCUGGAUGAUGGAGACCAUGUGUUCCCGCAAGUGGCAGCUGGGCAUUGCUUUCUUGCCAGCUAGUAUCUCUUAUCUCAUUGGAACCAAUAUUUUCGGGAUACUCGCGCACAAAAUGGGGAGGUGGCUUUGUGCUCUUCUAGGAAUGAUAAUUGUUGGAGUCAGCAUUUUAUGUAUUCCUUUUGCAAAAAACAUUUAUGGACUCAUAGCUCCCAACUUUGGAGUUGGUUUUGCAAUUGGAAUGGUGGAUUCAUCAAUGAUGCCCAUCAUGGGCUACCUGGUAGACCUGCGGCACGUGUCUGUCUAUGGGAGUGUGUACGCCAUUGCAGAUGUGGCAUUUUGUAUGGGAUAUGCUAUAGGUCCUUCUGCUGGUGGGGCUAUCGCAAAGACAAUUGGAUUUCCAUGGCUCAUGACAAUUAUUGGAAUAAUUGAUAUUCUUUUUGCUCCUCUCUGCUUUUUUCUUCGAAGUCCACCUGCCAAGGAAGAGAAAAUGGCUAUUCUCAUGGAUCACAACUGCCCCAUUAAAACAAAAAUGUACACUCAGAAUAAUAUCCAGUCAUAUCCGAUAGGUGAUGAUGAAGAAUCUGAAAGUGAUUGAGACCCUCAGAAGUCAUCCAAGUAUUUAAUUGUAUAAAACAGUGUUUCCAGUGAAAUGACUCAUCCAGAACUGUCUUAGUCAUACCCUUCAUCCCUGGUGAAAGAGUAAAACAACCAAAGGUUAUUUCUUUUCCAUGGUUAUGAUCGAUUGCCAACAGCCUUAUAAAGAAAAAGCAGCUUUUCUAGGAGUUUGUAUAAAUAGUGUUGAAAACUUUAUUUUAUGUAUUUGAUUUUAUUAAAUAUUAUACAAUAUAUUUUGACGAAAUGUAGUGUAAAUCUAUAAAUAUUUGAAUCCAAAUCAAAUAUAAUUUUUUAACUUACAUUCACGAACACCUGGGCAAAAAAAUCUUAUAUUUUUUCUGAAUAUUGGUAAUGAGUGUUUAAAACUAAAGUACACAUUAUCUCCGAGACACUUCCAACAAUGAGAAACUAGAAGGAAGUCUUAACAGAAUCAAGACAGAUGUUACGUAGUGACAGAGUGUUGAGUUAUUCAGCUCGUAGUUACUAUCAAUAUAUUUAGGAGUUAAAAGCUAGUUAUCCCAAAUGCAGAGGACAAGAACUUGAGUCAGUCAUCUUUUGGAUUUAUCCAUGAAUCUUAGCUGGCAUUAGUUUUCUAUGUAAUCAUCUACCUGGAAACAGAUGGUUGUAAAUGAUAUGUUUACAUGUCAUAUGGUUGGCAGCAAACAAUAAAGCCAAUAAGGGAAAAACAGUAAAUGUUCUAAAAGCAGAGAAAAGCACCCAGACGUAGUUCUGAGCAACUAGCAGCUUUCCUUUUAAGAUAUGUACUUUUGUCUUACCUGAUGAAAGUAAAUUGAGGGUAGAUGUACCUUAUGCUGUCAAGGUUGUUUAAGCAUGAUAAGCUAUAUCAACAUCUAGUUCAAAUUUUAGAAAAGAAAUUUAAAAGGCUAAUAGCUGCUAUGACAUGAAAAAAAUCAGACUAUAAUCUUUGUCCUGUUUGGAGGUCAUCCAAGUGUUUUCUAGGGAGCUAUUAAUUUUGAGUUGUCUGAAACUAUUAUUUUCUAGACUUCUGAAAGUUGUUGACAUCAAUGUGAAAACAAAUUUUAAAUGAAGAUGAAGAAGGAAUGAAAUUAUAUCUUGAAUCACACUAGGAAAACAGGUAAAAAAAUAGGGUGGGCAGGACAACACCCCCUUUCACAGGCAGAAA